GAGCUCUUUUUUCUACUUCGUCAUUUACAGAAAACAUGGAAAGAAGCGAGAGAGAAAAUUAAAGUUUUUGAUUUGAAGUUGAUUCCUUUAGAUUUUAGAGUUUACAAAUUUCUGGGUUCUGUUCUUCUUAUUUGGUUUGAUUAAAUUUUGGUAGUGAUUUUUAAUUUUGGUUUUGUUAUACAAAGAGUAAAAAAAAGAUGGCGGUAAUAUCUUUAGAAUCUAUGCCUUUAGGAUUCAGAUUUAGUCCAACAGAUAAAGAAUUAGUGAAUCAUUAUUUGAGGUUGAAGAUCAAGGGGAGAGAAUCCGAUGUAGAAGCUAUUCGUGAAAUUGAUGUUUGCAAGUGGGAACCUUGGGAUUUACCUAAUUUGUCUGUGAUAAAAUCUCCUGAUAUGGAGUGGUUCUUCUUUUGCCCAAGAGAUCGUAAGUAUCCGAAUGGUCGUCGUUCUAAUAGAGCAACUGAAGCUGGAUAUUGGAAAGCCACUGGAAAGGAUAGAACUAUUAAAUCUAACUCCAAUUUGAUUGGUAUGAAGAAAACCCUAGUUUUCUACCGAGGUAGAGCUCCUCAUGGUGAUAGAACCCCUUGGAAAAUGCACGAAUACCGGAUGAACUCUGGACCGGGGUCCUUUGUUCUCUGCCGCCUAUUUUACAAGCCAGACGAGGAGACUGAAUCUAAUGGAGAUGAUAUGGAACCUACUGGUUCAUGUCCUACUCCAACCAAAUCUUCUCUCGAAGAGGUACCUUCAAGCCAUACAGUGGUCCAAGAAACGUCGGGAUCAAAUCUUCAAAUCAGAAAGCAGCAGUUUGAUACGGAGGCUGAUAAACCAGAUAACACCGCCUCCAAUGAUCUAGUUGAAGAGAGCCACUGCAACAGUAACACUGCUUCUGAUGUGGAAGAUCGUGUAACGGUGAAAGGUGUCUGCGAGGUAAAUCCAGUACCGCACGAUGAUUCAAGGAUUUCUACGGUCCCCAUACUUGAGCGGUUGGAUUCCAAGGUUUUCUCACCGUUGCAAUCGCAGAUGCAAGCUGAAUUGGGAUCGUAUGACAUGGCUUUCAAUUUUGCCAAUGACUUCAGCAAUGAGUACAACGGGAUGCUGCUUCAGGAUUGUAUGGACGAUACAUCUGUUUCAAACUUUUUGGAUGAAGUUCUCAAUAACCUUGAUGAGAACUCGUGCGAAGAUUCCACUAGUCUGAAGAACUCAGGUCUUGAGGACGGCCCAUUCGGUGUUCAUAUUACUUCAUUAGAAGCUAGACCUCAGAUCUAUGCAUCUGGCAAGGAUAGUGGAUCAUGCAGUGACACAGACACUGAAGUGGCACAAGCACAGAAUUCUUUGAGUUUGAAGGACGCAUGGUGGUUUACUGAGCCAUCGAGCGCAAACGAUUUUCCACAGAUACAAACUGCUUUUGCGUAUGACAGUGUUGGAACCAGUUAUGGUGGGAGUUAUGGAAAUAUGGGUUUCAUCAAGGACGAAACUAUUGGCCAAGAAGCUGCUUCCUCUGCUGAUUCAACCAUGGAAAAUUUCUGUUAUCCAUUGGAUAAUCUUGUAGUCCAUCAGAACAAUAACCUUGAGAACAACAUCAGUGUCGGCCAUGGGCAGUUGCAAUCAAGUUCGCAGAACUUUAUGGCUCAGGGCUCGGCCCCGAGAAGGAUUCGUCUACAAAAGAAACUUCCUCGUAGAGGAAGAGUACUCUCGUUCAAGGGACGAGACUUUAACAGCAAUUCACAAGAGAAUGAUUCUAAACCAACAGCAACUGAUGUUUUGGAAGAGGCUACAGAGUCUACUAACACAAAAACCUCGACCUUUGAGGUGAAUAAAGAGAACAUGUCUGUCUCUUCCGUAACUAACAUCAGUACAAGCUCCGAAGAUAAGAAGUCAAGCUCCUCCGAGAGAUCAAGAUCAAGAUCUAAGGAUGAUAUUGAAACUACAAGCAGAAAUCGAAAAACACAGAAUGUAUCUGUGAAGGCUGCUCCAACAUGGGGGUUAAGUUACUUGUAUGUUUCAAUUGCCCUUGUGCUAGUGGUUUCAAUGGGGGCGAUGGCUUUUUCAGGGGUGUGGAAAUGCAUGAGAUCUUCUUGAUGGUUGGAAGAAUGCUCGAAUAUUCAUUUUGGUAGAAUGUAUAAAAAGGAAUACCAGUCUCUCUCUCUCUCUCUCUCUCUCUCUCUCUCUCUCUCUAUAUAUAUAUAUAUAUAUAUAUAUAUAUAUAUAGCAUAGUAGUAUAGUAUUGUGUAAUAAAAGAAGGUAGAUGUAUUAGCCUAGUCUUAGUAGGUGUGAAUGGGAUAUUAUGAAGUUUUGUGGUCGGUUUUAUUAACAGAUAGUAGCUGAUUCUUCUUUUUGUACAGCUUUAGUUGCAUGUGUUUCUAUUUUGAAGAAAUUAGUUGCAUGUGUUUCUAUUUUGAAG